GUUAUAGAAGGAAACUAAAGAUCAAAGCCAAAAAGAAAAAGCCAUUAAAAAAUGGCAAUCAAAAUUAGUACAACAGCAGCAGCAAAAUCCCUGUUUCUCACAUUCAUUCUCCUCCUUUCCCUUUCUUUCUUCAUCGUCAUCUUCUUCAUCUUCAACUCUCCUUCUACAAAACCCACAAAUUCCUUUCCCCAAAAUCACUUUCUUUCCUUCCCAAACUCCAUUAAAGUCUACGUGCCCGACCUUCCCAGAUCCCUCAACUAUGGCUUGCUCCAACAGUACUGGGAUUCCAAUCACCACGAUUCCCGAAUCCCCACCGACCCAGAUCACCGGAUCUCGACUACCCAUAUCUCAAAACCCGCCAAAUACCCUCCUUACCCCGAGAAUCCAUUGAUCAAGCAAUACAGUGCGGAGUACUGGAUCAUGGGUGACUUGGAAACCCCUCAGGAAAUGAGGAUCGGUUCUUUUUCCAAAAGGGUUUUCGAUGCCAACGAGGCUGACGUUGUUUUUGUUCCCUUCUUUGCUACACUGAGUGCUGAGAUGGAGCUGGGAUCCGGAAGCGGUGCGUUUAGGAAGAAAGCUGGGAAUGGGGAUUUCUUGAGGCAAGAGAAAGUGAUGGAUUUUGUGAUGAACACUGAUGCUUGGAAAAGAUCCGGCGGCCGUGAUCAUGUCUUUGUUCUCACUGACCCUGUUGCAAUGUGGCAUUUCAGAGCGGAGAUAGCCCCAGCGGUCUUACUGGUUGUGGAUUUUGGUGGGUGGUAUAGGCUUGAUACGAAAUCAUCCGACGGUACCUCAUCAGACAUGAUACGUCACACCCAAGUUUCGUUGCUUAAAGAUGUGAUUGUCCCAUAUACCCAUCUGCUUCCUCGGUUGCAGCUAUUGGAAAACCAGAAACGUCACACACUCCUUUAUUUUAAGGGAGCUAAACAUAGGCACCGGGGUGGCCUAGUUCGAGAAAAAUUAUGGGACUUGUUGGCUAACGAACCGGGAGUGAUUAUGGAAGAAGGGUUCCCUAAUGCCACCGGUAGAGAGAAGUCAAUUAAGGGGAUGAGAUCAUCCGAGUUCUGCUUGCACCCAGCUGGUGAUACUCCCACUUCAUGCCGAGUCUUUGAUGCCAUUCAAAGCCUUUGUAUACCAGUGAUUGUAAGCGACAAUAUCGAGCUGCCCUUUGAAGGGAUGCUGGAUUACUCCACGUUUUCAGUUUUUGUAGCAGUGAGUGAUGCUUUGAAACCAAAUUGGCUCGUUUCUCAUCUUAGAAGCAUCUCCGAAAAACAUAGGAACGAACUCCGUCGAGUCAUGGCUGAGGUUCAGCCUGUUUUUGUGUAUGAUAACGGUCAUCCAGGCGGUAUUGGGCCAAUCCCUCCGGAUGGUGCCGUUAAUCAUAUUUGGAGAAAGGUUCAUCAAAAACUGCCUGCGAUUAAGGAAGCCAUUGUCCGUGAGAAACGAAAACCGGCAAAUACAUCUAUCCCUCUACGAUGCCAUUGCACCUGAAUGUAAGAUUAAAGAUUCAUUUCAUGUUUUUCACUCGUUUUUCAGAUUGCAUAAAUGAGAAAUGCAAUAGUUUUAGUUUUGUAGUUUUCUUAAAAGU